CAUGUUAUGUCCAUGCUUUUAGCGAUUCCCUUCUGGCCCUGUUAUUAUCACUCACACUCACACACUCACAUUAUUUAUUUCACUUUAAAUAAACUACCGAAUCUCUUUCAUUCGAAAAUUAAAAUUCAUUAAAUCCUAAUCCCUCCCUCUAUUAUCUGUCAUCAUCUCUCUCUCUAUUUAAUAACUACAAUUAUUCCUUCUCACUUCGCUAACCUCCUUUUCUUUCUUCCUUCUCUCUGCUCUACAUUCCUGGGAUCUGCUGGCUUUGCUUUUAAAGACUAUUUUCACUUCCACCUGAUUUGUGUCUUGAGUGCUCUCUCACUGCAUCUGAAUUAGAGGGAGAAAGCUUAAAUUUUGUUAUUAUUAUUUGUACAUUAGUAGAAUUUCCAACAAAAAGGAUCUUUUGGAGGCACUUUGAUGCCAUUCUGAGAUGUUCUGUGCUUACAACUUAAAAGCCUUUUUGUUGUCAUAUUUUGGUUAGAGCAAGUUAUCUAAGGAAAGUAGUUUCAACUUUUGAACAGGGCAAAAUGACAGAUGCAAAGCCAGAUGCACCCUCGAUGGCAUCAUCAUCGCGAAAGCUUCCCGAUUUCAAGAAGUCUGUCAAAUUGAAGUAUGUGAAGCUUGGUUAUCAUUACCUCAUCACUCAUGGAAUGUACCUGUGUCUUUCCCCUCUUGUGGUGUUGAUUGCUGCUCAGCUCUCCACCUUCUCCCCCCAAGACCUGUAUGAUCUUUGGGAGCAUCUACAAUACAAUUUGAUAUCUGUUAUUCUUUGCUCAACACUCCUUGUUUUUCUGUCCACACUCUACUUUCUAACUCGUCCUCGACCAGUGUAUCUUGUCAAUUUCUCAUGUUACAAGCCUGAAGAAUCCCGGAAAUGCACGAAAAGGAUAUUUAUGGAUCACUCUCGGUUGACUGGUUCUUUCACAGAGGAAAAUCUUGAAUUCCAGCGGAAAAUCCUUGAGAGAUCUGGCCUUGGAGACUCCACUUACCUUCCUGAGGCUGUCCUCAACAUUCCUCCCAACCCUUCAAUGAAAGAAGCUAGAAAAGAAGCUGAGGCUGUGAUGUUCGGUGCCAUUGAUGAGCUAUUAGCUAAAACCUCUGUCAAGCCUAAGGACAUUGGAAUUUUGAUUGUAAAUUGUAGUCUGUUCAACCCAACUCCAUCACUUUCGGCAAUGAUUGUCAAUCAUUACAAGCUUCGGGGUAAUAUAAAAAGCUACAACCUUGGUGGGAUGGGUUGCAGUGCAGGGCUGAUCUCAAUUGAUCUUGCUAAAGAUCUUCUCCAGGCCAAUCCCAACUCCUAUGCAUUGGUCAUUAGUAUGGAGAAUAUCACGUUGAACUGGUAUUUUGGAAACGAUCGAUCAAAGCUUGUUUCUAAUUGUUUAUUUCGAAUGGGGGGAGCUGCAGUUUUGCUUUCCAAUAAAAACUCGGACAGAAGAAGAUCCAAAUACCGAUUGGUCACCACGGUUCGCACUAAUAAGGCAGCUGAUGACAAGUGCUUUAGCUGUGUAACCCAAGAAGAAGAUGCCGAUGGCAAGGUUGGUGUUACUUUGUCAAAAGAUCUUAUGGCGGUUGCAGGUGAUGCUUUAAAAACCAAUAUCACCACACUGGGGCCUCUAGUACUUCCAACAUCCGAGCAGCUACUGUUCUUUGCCACGUUAGUUGGGAAGAAAAUUCUCAAGAUGAAGAUCAAACCUUAUAUUCCAGAUUUCAAGCUAGCUUUUGAACAUUUUUGCAUCCAUGCUGGUGGUAGAGCUGUUUUGGAUGAACUGGAGAAAAACUUGCAGCUAUCCCCUUGGCAUAUGGAGCCAUCAAGGAUGACUCUUUAUCGUUUCGGAAACACAUCCAGCAGUUCGCUUUGGUAUGAGCUAGCUUAUACAGAAGCCAAAGGGAGGAUCAGAAAGGGAGAUAGAACAUGGCAAAUAGCAUUCGGUUCUGGAUUCAAGUGUAACAGUGCCGUUUGGAAGGCUCUCAGGACAAUCAACCCUGCUAAGGAGAAGAGUCCUUGGAUGGAUGAGAUUGACCAGUUUCCAGUCGAUGUUCCUAGGGUAUCUUCCAUUUAAUCAAUGAAAUUUUAAAUAUUUGUGUAUCACUAUCAGCAUUAGGUUGUAGCUGUUGGACUGGUGAAAAUCUCCUGCAAAGUUGUUGUAAUACAUUGUUAAUUUCAGAGUAUUGUAGGGUUUUUAUUAGGCCAAAACUUAUAUGCAAUGUUGUUCCUUAGGUGUUCUUGGUGUUGUUUUUAAUCUGAAUUAGAGUUUUAACUUGGUAACUUAUGUUGAUAUUUAAUGCAAAUCUUUAAUAUAUAAAUUACUGAGAUUAAAUUCCAA